CCCUCGGAGCACACUUGCACAUAUCUCAACAUCGACCCAAAGUUGGAUAUUGACUUUAAACUUCUCUGGUGAAUUUAAUCAAAAGGUGCCGGAUCUUUACCCUGUAUUUGUAUGCAUCCAGAGCCAGUCAAACGAGGACUUUCAAGGGAGAUUCCGGGGUUUGAUUGAAGUCCUAUAAACUAAACUCUAUCACUGUGAUCUCGGACGCUAUCUGUUGUCGAGUUUCUUGCAGCUAGCGGAGAGUGCUGUGUGAUUGUGUCUGAGCGGAGUUUUGGCGGAUUCCAACACAUCGAGACAACACUACCUUGGAUACGGGUCAACGAUGAAGAAAAGCUCAAAAAACGACCAAAUACACAAGUUUCUAACCGAAGCUAAAGAAAAUUUCAUCCAGAAAUGGGAUAAACCGUCGCACAAUACGGCCGCUUUGGAGGACUUCGAGCGAAUAAAAACCUUGGGAACCGGCUCCUUUGGUCGUGUGAUGCUGGUUCAACAUAAAACCAGUAGCAAAUACUUUGCCAUGAAGAUUUUAGACAAACAGAAGGUAGUCAAGUUAAAACAAGUCGAACACACUCUGAACGAAAAGCGAAUUCUACAAGCCAUUAGCUUUCCAUUUCUCGUUAGCCUGGAAUGGCAUUUCAAGGACAACUCCAAUCUCUACAUGGUCUUGGAGUUUGUGCCUGGUGGUGAAAUGUUCUCUCAUCUCAGACGUAUUGGUCGCUUCAGUGAAACACAUUCAAGAUUCUAUGCAUCACAGAUUGUGCUUGCCUUCGAAUAUCUACACUCUCUGGAUCUAAUAUACAGAGAUUUGAAGCCUGAAAACUUGCUGAUUGAUGAGAAGGGUUACUUGAAGGUGACAGAUUUCGGUUUUGCCAAAAGAGUAAAAGGCAGAACAUGGACCCUUUGUGGAACACCAGAGUAUCUUGCGCCUGAGAUUAUCCUAAGCAAAGGUUAUAACAAGGCUGUGGAUUGGUGGGCUCUGGGUGUUCUUAUUUAUGAGAUGGCUGCAGGAUACCCACCAUUCUUUGCAGAUCAACCCAUUCAGAUCUACGAAAAGAUUGUCUCAGGAAAAGUUCGUUUCCCAUCACACUUCACGAAUGACCUGAAAGACCUUCUCCGCAAUCUUCUACAAGUAGACCUGACAAAACGCUAUGGAAACCUUAAAAACGGCGUGGGAGAUAUAAGAAACCACAAGUGGUUUACUUCGACUGAAUGGAUAGCCAUUUUUAAAAGAGAGGUCGAAGCUCCGUUCAUCCCGAAGUGCAAGGGGCCCGGCGACCCGGGUAACUUUGACGAUUAUGAAGAGGAGCCACUUCACAUUUCAAAUACAGAGAAAUGUGCUAAAGAAUUUGCAGACUUCUAGACCACGUAAAGCAAAUCGGCUGUGUGUUCUAGCAACAUAUUUAGUCUGUAAAGCACCAUAACUUGAUCGUAAUAUAUGACAUUCACAAGCCCAGUAGUGGCCGGUUGACUGUCACGGACGCUGCUGCGCUUGGUUCUGAAAAUAAAAAGAGUUGGACAUAAGAGUCCAGAGUUAACCAGAAAACCGUUUAUUUAUAUGAAAGCGAUUCUUGAAAAUAGUAGCGUUAUAGUAGAUUUUAGCAAAGAAAAAAGUAAGAAUUUUUAAGAGUUGGUAUGUAAAUGUUUUACUUGUAAUUUAUAUUGUUUACAAAUCCACAUUCUCAGAAGGGCAAGUCUCCCAUGCGGACCCAAUAUUCUAAAUUCCCAAACGUUAUCUGCCAUGUUAUCUUGUCGGUUCAGUUCUUACGAAUUCGUAAUUAUCAAUAAAGCUUAUGAGCCAAUGUC